AGAUCAAAAGCCACACGACUACUACUAUAUACAUCUAUCUACAUAUUAACUGUAUCUUCUCUAAUACAUUUAUACAUUCAAUCCAUGAAUGUGUAAAAAAGACAGCGAGCUUCAGAUUGAUCCGUGAGGGAAACGAAGAAGAAGAAGAAGAAGAAGAAGAAGAAGAAGAAGAGGGGAAAGCAAAAUCAAAUUCCUCUCCAUUACUUUGCGGCGGCGAUCCCACAACGAAUCUCCUCUCUCUCUCUCUCUCUCUUCUCGGGGGGAGAGAGAAAGAGAAGCAGAAGCGACAUUGUCUUUGAAUAGAUACCUCUCAGACACACAGAUUCUGCGUUUCUCUCUACCAACAUCGUGACUCUGCUCUUGUCCUUCUUAUUUCAUACUCACGCUUGCUCUCUUCUUCCUCUGCAACCUCUAGAUGUUCAAUUCCCUUCGUCUCGUCUCGUCUCGUCUCGUCAAUGCUGUUUAGCUCAGAAGCUCAAUCUUUGAUAACAAUCUAAUCGACAAAUGGGUUUUACUCUGAGAGCUCUUCUCGAUUUGCCAGUAGUGGAAUCGUCUUCGAUCUGUAUCAAUUUGAGCCUCUUAUCACUAUCUCUUCUCGUUAUCUCCGCAAGACGCUUACUCUACUGUCUCCGUCGAGCUCGGUUCUUCAAACAUGAUUCUGUUGGGAGCUCGGGUUCCGUCGUCAAUGUUGGUGCUGGCGGAGAAACCCACGACGUUGAAAUCACCAAAAGCUAUAAAUUCUCGGUGAUUUGUUGUUUCUUUGUUCUGAUCGCGCAAGUUUCGGUGUUAGUGUUCGAUGUUGUUGGAGUGGUUAAGGAGAGAAGCGAAGAAAUUUAUGUGAUUUUGUCGCCGAUUACGCAGAUUCUGGCUUGGUUAGUGUUAUGCACAUCAGUUGUUCGAUGUAAAUACACUUGUGCGGAAAAGUUCCCUUUCUUGUUAAGGCUAUGGUGGGUUGUGGGAUUCUUUAUCUCUUUAUGGGCUUUGUUUAUUGACUCGAGAGAGCUUGUUGCAAACGGCUCAAACCAUUAUUUGUCUUCACACGCUGUUGGGAACUUUGUUGCAGCUCCGGCUCUGGCUUUUCUCUGCUUCCUUGGUUUCAGAGGUGUGUCAGGUCUUCGGGUUGUUAUUACAAGUUCCUAUCUUCAUGAGCCUUUGCUUGUUCAAGAAGAAGAAGCAGGGUGUCUCAAUGUUACUUCUUAUAGCGACGCCGGAUUGUUCAGCCUUGCUACGCUUUCGUGGCUGAACCCUCUGCUCUCACUUGGCGCCAAGAGGCCUUUGGAUCUCAAGGAUAUCCCUCUGCUCGCUCCUAAAGACCGAGCAAAGACGAAUUACAAAGUCUUGAACUUGAAAUGGGAGAAGUUGAAAGCUGAGAAUCCUUCCAAGUCUCCUUCUCUUGCUUGGGCGAUCUUGAACCUCGCUGGGAUCUUCUUUGUGGCGAAGCUUGCUGAGACGCUAACGACUCGGCAGUGGUAUCUUGGGGUUGAUAUCAUGGGGAUGCAUGUGAGAUCAGCUCUUACGGCUAUGGUGUACCGAAAAGGGCUAAAACUCUCUAGUUUAACCAAACAGAACCACACGAGUGGUGAAAUUGUGAACUACAUGGCUGUUGAUGUUCAGAGAGUAGGUGAUUUCUCGUGGUACCUCCAUGAUAUGUGGAUGCUUCCUCUACAAAUUGUACUUGCUCUCGGGAUUUUGUACAGGAGUGUGGGACUGGCGGCUUUAGCCACUUUGGUGGCCACAGUUUUCUCUAUUAUUGCCACUAUCCCACUGGCGAAAAUUCAAGAGGACUAUCAAGACAAAUUGAUGACUGCUAAGGAUGAGCGAAUGAGGAAGACUUCCGAGUGUUUGAGGAACAUGAGGAUUCUGAAAUUGCAGGCUUGGGAGGAUAGGUACCGGGUUGUACUUGAGGAAAUGAGGAAUACAGAGUUUAAAUGGCUUCGAAAGGCUUUAUACUCCCAAGCGUUUAUUACAUUUAUAUUCUGGAGUUCACCCAUAUUUGUAGCUGCUAUCACGUUUGCUACGGCUAUAGGCUUAGGAACUCAGCUCACUGCAGGAGGUGUUCUCUCCGCGCUUGCAACAUUCAGGAUUCUUCAGGAGCCACUUAGGAAUUUUCCUGAUCUGGUGUCUAUGAUGGCUCAGACUAAAGUAUCUCUUGAUCGGAUAUCAGGACUUCUGCUAGAGGAAGAGCUGCAGGAAAAUGCUACGAUAAUCCUUUCUCAAGGUACGUCAGACACAUCUGUUGAGAUCAACGACGGUUGUUUCUCGUGGGAUCCUUCAUGGGUAAGGCCAACUUUGUUUGGGAUUCACUUGAAAGUUCAGAGAGGAAUGCGAGUAGCUGUCUGUGGAGUCGUUGGUUCCGGGAAAUCAAGUUUUCUUUCUUGUAUACUCGGAGAAAUCCCUAAAAUCUCGGGUGAAGUCAGAAUAUGCGGUAGUGCUGCUUAUGUUUCACAGUCCGCCUGGAUUCAGUCUGGGAAUAUAGAAGAAAAUAUUCUCUUUGGCAGUCCAAUGGAUAAGGCUAAGUACAAGAAUGUUAUACACGCUUGUUCAUUGAAACGGGACUUGGAACUAUUCUCACAUGGGGAUCAGACCAUUAUUGGUGACAGAGGCAUAAACCUUAGCGGUGGUCAGAAGCAGAGGGUUCAGCUCGCAAGAGCACUUUACCAGGAUGCUGAUAUAUAUCUGCUUGACGACCCUUUUAGUGCUGUUGAUGCUCACACUGGCUCCGAACUCUUCCAGGAAUAUAUAUUGACAGCUCUGGCAGACAAGACUGUGAUAUUCGUAACUCAUCAGGUCGAGUUUCUUCCUACGACGGAUCUUAUAUUGGUACUUAGGGAUGGACAAAUUAUACAGUCAGGGAAGUAUGAAGAACUGCUACAAGCAGGAACCGAUUUCUUAUCUCUUGUGUCUGCUCAUCAUGAAGCUAUUGAAGCAAUGGAUAUUCCCUGUCAUUCAUCAGAAGACUCUGACAGCAAUCAGGUGCUAGACCAGUCAUUGCCACACAAUCCGAAAUCCAAUGCUUCCUCGAGCAACAUUGAGAUUCUAGCCAAAGAGGUCCAAGAAGGGCCAUCCGGGUCUAACCAGAAAGCCAUCAAAGAGAAAAAGAAAGCAAAACGGCUUAGAAAGAAACAACUGGUUCAGGAAGAGGAACGUGUGAGGGGACGAGUCAGUAUGAAGGUGUACUGGUCAUAUAUGGCUGCAGCCUAUAAAGGAUUGUUGAUUCCACUCAUAAUCAUUGCACAAUCACUCUUUCAGUUCCUUCAGAUUGCAAGUAACUGGUGGAUGGCCUGGGCAAAUCCGCAAACCGAGGGAGACCAAGCUAAAGUGAGCUCCACGGUCCUUCUCCUCGUGUUUAUUUCCCUAGCAUUUGGUAGCUCAGUGUUUAUCUUUGUCCGAGCUAUUCUGGUCGCUACAUUCGGCCUUGCAGCCGCUCAGAAGUUAUUUCUGAACAUGCUCAGAAGUGUUUUUCGAGCGCCAAUGUCAUUUUUCGACUCGACUCCUGCUGGAAGAAUCUUAAAUCGGGUGUCUAUUGAUCAAAGCGUCGUAGAUCUCGAUAUUCCUUUUAGGCUCGGAGGAUUUGCUUCCACAACAAUACAACUCAUCGGCAUUGUUGGUGUGAUGACAAACGUUACAUGGCAAGUGUUCCUUCUUGUAAUUCCAACCGGCAUUGCUUGCUUGUGGAUGCAGAAAUAUUACAUGGCUUCAUCUAGGGAGCUGGUUCGGAUUGUGAGCAUACAGAAAUCUCCAAUUAUCCAUCUUUUUGGUGAGUCAAUUGCAGGUGCAGCAACAAUCAGAGGGUUUGGCCAAGAAAAGCGUUUCAUGAAGAGAAACCUCUAUUUACUGGACUGCUUCGCCCGCCCUUUCUUCUGCAGCAUCGCUGCAAUUGAGUGGCUCUGUUUACGCAUGGAGCUACUCUCUACUUUCGUAUUUGCCUUCUGUAUGCUCCUGCUUGUUAGUUUUCCACAUGGAACAAUUGAUCCAAGCAUGGCUGGCCUUGCAGUAACCUAUGGCCUUAAUUUAAACGCUCGCCUUUCUCGGUGGAUACUUAGCUUUUGUAAGCUAGAGAAUAAAAUCAUCUCCAUUGAAAGAAUCUAUCAGUACAGUCAAAUUCCUAGUGAAGCCCCUACGUUUAUCGAGAAUGCUCACCCUCCGGCCACAUGGCCAGAGAAUGGAACCAUUGAGAUCAACAAUUUGAAGGUUCGCUAUGGAGAGAAUCUACCAACUGUCCUUCAUGGAAUCAGCUGUGUGUUCCCUGGUGGCAAGAAGAUUGGGAUUGUGGGCCGCACAGGAAGCGGUAAAUCAACCUUGAUCCAAGCACUAUUCCGGCUGAUAGAACCAUAUGCAGGGCAAAUAAUCAUUGAUGGCAUAGAUAUCUCUUCCAUUGGCCUUCACGAUCUUCGAGGCCGUCUCAGCAUCAUUCCGCAAGAUCCCACCUUGUUUGAAGGCACUAUCCGGGGAAACCUUGACCCUCUCGAAGAACAUACUGAUCAAGAAGUUUGGCAGGCUCUAGAUAAGUCACAACUGGGGGACAUAGUUCGUGCGAAAGACCAUAAACUCGAUACUCCAGUGUUAGAAAAUGGAGAUAAUUGGAGCGUCGGGCAGAGGCAGCUUGUAGCUCUAGGGCGUGCGCUUCUUAAACAAGCGAGAAUUCUUGUGCUUGACGAAGCAACUGCUUCGGUUGACUCAGCCACCGAUAAUCUCAUCCAGAAGAUUCUAAGAACAGAGUUCGGAGACUGCACUGUCUGCACUAUCGCACAUCGGAUCCCGACUGUGAUAGAUAGUGACAUGGUUUUGGUUCUAAGCGAUGGUCUUGUUGCAGAAUUCGACACACCAACACGACUUCUAGAGGAUAAAUCAUCGAUGUUCCUUAGAUUAGUCACUGAAUACUCCUCAAGAUCCAGCGGCAUACCUGACUUCUGAUCGGUGUACUAUAAGUGAACGCAAAGUUCUUCGCCGAGCCACCGGGACAGGGAUGUUCUCGCUGCGAAUCUCAGACAAAUCAGAAAAUCUGUCUGAAGUCUGAACCAACACACAUGACUCAAGAUCCUGUCAGUGUCAGUACAAGAAAUAAAGUGCAGGUGACUGAAGAACACUGGAGACGACCAGAGUUUUCGGUACGAAAAGGGAGAUUUAAAGAUUAAGGUCACAGGCAUUUUUGCUAAGCUUUAAAGUUUUUUAGUUUAGGUUUGAUAUUGUAAAGCUGGAUCAGUUCAUUGUUGUCGUGAAAAGCAAAGGUUACAUUCGAUUUUUGUAGGAUAAUGUCAUCAAAUUACGAGCGUUCGGCAUCCUUUUUUUUU